UGUAUUCCAUGUCCUCAACUUUCUGACAGAAGCUGCGAAGUCAAGAGGAGUCAGAGGAGCAGCUGCACAUUUACAACAUGGCUGUGUUUGAGAACUCCUCUGUGCUCUUGGACCUGAAGAAUUUGUCCUACAAAGAGAAGAAGAAAUUGAAGUCGGCAGUGACGGAGAACGGAGGCAACGUUUCCUUUGUGGUCAAUAAACAGUGCACUCUGAUAGUGACCAGUGACGUGUCCAACCUGAGCUGCAACAGGCUGCGGAGCAUCCAGAAGCACCAGACGCCCGUGGUCGGGGUGGACUACGUGUACGGAUGUCUGCAAAGAGGAACCCUUCUGCCUGUGGAGGAAUUCAAACUGGAUACUUCUCCUCCUGCUGCCUUCUCGCCUCCUCUUCCUCUCUCCUCACUGAAGCCUGCUCCGUUCUCAUCUCCCGUGUCCAGAGCAGCAGUGAUUGUUGAGCUUCCUAAAGGUCAAGCGACGCCUGUGGACUCUGUCGGUCUGACUCCGUGCCCAAAGACUCCAGGGAGGAGCGGGAAAGUCCUGGACAAGUUCAGAAUUUACACCGAAACUGAUUCUGAUCUUCCAUCGUAUCCGAAGGAUUUUCAAGUGGCAAAAUAUUCAAUCUUUGAAAAGAUAAACAGAAACACUCUGUGUGUGCUGGAGCUGCAGAGUUUUAAAGGAGAGAAAGGACGACAGUACUGUGUCGUCCAGUGCUGGAAGAGUGAUGUAGAAGCAAAGAAGGAGCUGGUGUUUCUGGCCACAUCUGAGGAAGCUGUAGACGUGUACCAGGCGCUGAGAGAGACUUCGCAGGCUGCUGGUCUGCAGCCGAGACGCAGCAUCCCUCCACAGUCCCUGGGCCUGGCUUCCUUCCCACUGCAACAGCUGCUGCUGGAGGAGAAACUGAACACAGGAUGUGUAUCGCGGGAGGUGGGCGUCUUUGUGGAGCUGCUGUGGACUGAAGCCCUCGGCCAACUCAGCCUCCUCCUCAGCGUUCCAAUCAGCAAGCUCAGCCUCAAUGACGUGAGCAGGGCGGAGGGCUUGUUGCUUCAGGCCCAGAGGAAGCUGAAGGAGGGAAAGCUUUCUGAGACGGUGAUUCUCAUGAACGAGAUUAACAAUCUGCUGCCACAAGGGAGUCCACUUUCACGGCAGGACCUCAAGGAGAUCUCUCAGAGACUGGACCUCUGUCAGUUAAUUCGAGACAUCCUGAACGUGAGUGAGAUGUCUCUGAGAGGCCCCGCCCCCUCCAGUCUGGGGAAGUACCGCGCUCUGAGGUGCAGCAUUGAGACCGUUCCCCCCGGCAGCUCUGACUUUCAGGCCGUGACAUCUGUGCUGUCGGGCAGCAAACUGCAGAUUCAGCAGAUUCUGCGAGUCGGCCGCGGGGUGGAGCUUCAGUCGUUUAAGAGCGAGCUUGGGAACGUUCAGAUGCUUCUUCACUCAUCCAGCCCCAGUAACUUUGUAGGAAUCCUGUCUCGUGGUCUGCUGUUGCCUCACGCUGGAGUGGAGCAUCAUGGGAUAGAGAGAACAGACGUUGGUUAUCUGGGCAGUGGAAUCUACUUCAGUGAUGCCGUCAGCACCACUUUGAAAUACUCCAGGCCCAGUGUGUCAGACGGGUCUCGGCUGCUGUUGGUGUGUGAUGUGGCGCUGGGAAGUUGCAGAAACGUGCACAAGAGAGACGUCACACUGACCAAAGCCCCCGAGGGUCACCACAGUGUGCACGGGGUCCGCUGCACCCCUAACACUCACUCUGAGUUCGAGGAUGACGAGUACGUGGUGUACAGUCCUGAUCAAGUGAAACUGAAGUACGUGGUUCAGUUCAGCAUCGAGGGAGAAGAGCUGAGGGAGUUCAGUCCUGCUGUCGACACUUCGGCUGAGCCGUGUCCGCCUCCGUCUCUCCAAGUGCUCAGUUCAGAGGACGUUGCGAUCGAGGACGUUAAAAACCCUCUGGAGGAAGUGAAGGCUGGACUGUUGGACAGCUCUGGUCAGCGGCUCCCCCUGCAGUCUGUCCACGUGAAGUGCAAACUGAUAGAUCUGCUGUCUCAGGUCAUCAUUUUCCAAGAAUACACCAACAACAGCUCCGUGUCAAUUGAGGCCAAGUAUGUUUUCCCAUUGGAUGAUUCUGCAGCUGUAUGUGGAUUUGAAGCUUUUAUAAAUGGGAAACACGUCGUGGGAAAGGUGAAGGAGAAAGAGACGGCUCGUAAGGAGUACAAACAGGCUAUUGAGAAAGGCCAUGGAGCAUAUCUCAUGGAUCAGGACGCACCCGACGUGUUCACCAUCAGUGUGGGCAAUCUGCCACCUGGAGCCAGUGUCCUCAUCAAAGUUACCUUUGUGUCUGAGCUGAUCGUCAGGGACGGGAGUAUUCUCUUCUCUCUGCCCGGGAGUGUGGCUCCGUGGCAGGAGAGCGCAGCACUCAACCAGACCACGCAGGUCACACUGGAAAAAGUGUGUGUGACUGAUGAGUCAGCAGAUACAAGAGAGUUCUCCCUGGACAUGUCAGUCGAGAUGCCCAAUGAAAUCCUCAGCUUGGAUUGCAUCACUCACAAAGUCAAGGUUAAGAGAACAGACUGUAAGGCAGUAGUGGCCGUGCUGCCAGGACAGGUGAUGGGUCCGGAGGGUUUCCAGUUGUCAGUCAGUCUGUCCGAGGUCCACCUGCCCAGGAUGUGGGUGGAGAAACACCCUGACAAGGACAGUCAGGCGUGCAUGUUGGUUUUCUAUCCUGACUUCGACGUCAGUUCCAUGUCAGAAUCCGAUGAAGUCUUCCUGUUGCUGGACACGUCUGAGUCCAUGAACGGAGAGUCUCUCCGCAUGGCUCAGAGAAUCGCCCUCCAGGUCCUCAGAGCCCUCGGCAGCAACAUCAGACUCAAUGUUGUUUUAUUUGGCUCAGAUCACACUGAAGCGUUUCUGACAGCGCAGCCGCUCACUAAGACUCGUCAGACAGCAGAGAGCUUCCUCAAGAACGUCUCUCCAGUGGGUGGCAGCACUGAGCUUUGGCGGCCCCUGAGGGCCCUCAGCCUGCUGCCUCCGUCCCGUGGCAUCAGGAACCUGCUGCUGCUGUCCGAUGGCCACAUCCAGAACGCAGAGUUCACCCUGAAGCUGCUCAGAGACAACGUGCAGCACAGCCGCCUCUUCACCUGCGGCAUCAGUCCCACAGCCAAUAAGCAUAUGCUGAGAGCUCUGGCCCAGGCAGGGGGCGGGGCCUACGAGUUCUUUGACACAAAAGUCAAACACAGCUGGUCAGAGAAGGUGGACCGUCAGGUGAAGCGUGUUGCGGCUCCUGGCUGCAGUUCAGUGUCUGUGAAGUGGCAGCAGUUCAACCCGACAGCGCCCACUCCAGUGCAAGCGCCCAAACAGCUCCAUGCAUUGUUCAACGACUGUCACACCCUGGUUUACGGCUUUGUGCCGCACUGCACUCAGGCCACCCUCCACGGGAACCUCAGCGGUCAGGAGCUCGAAACCAUGGUGUCGACGAGUGAGCUGCAGAAGACGAGAGGCACAUUUCUUCACAAGCUCACAGCAAGAGCCCUCAUCAGGGAUUAUGAAGAUGGAAGCCUGGAUACAGACGAGGCUGAACAUGAGGGGAAGAAAGCGGAGUUGAAGUCCUACAUUGUCGAGUUGAGCAAAGAGUUCUCCAUCCUGUCUCAGUUCACCAGCUUUGUGGCCAUUGAGGAGAGGGACCCUGCGAAACCAGAGGAGGGUUUCACAGAUAUCCCCCAGUUGAUCGCAGAGGAGGAUGUGGACUUCCUUCCCUACAUCAGCUGGAAUAUUCCUCAGGAUAUGGAAGAUGAUGAUUAUGAAGAAAUGGAAAUGGAAGCAGAGGUUUAUGAUCCACCUUUACUGGGUUCCAUUGGUUAUGGGGAAGUUUCAGAUCUCAUGACAGCCGGACACGAACGCAUGAGAGAGCGAAGCAGUCGCAUGCUUCAUCACAAGUUCCGAGCCCUCAGAAGGGAUUAUGGAGAUGCAAGCCUGGAUACAAGCGAGGAUGAAGAGGAGGCAGAGUCAGAUCUCAUGACAGCCGGACACGAACGCAUGAGAGAGGGAAGCAGACGCAUGAUCAAAGCAAGACCCCUCAGCAGGGAUUAUGAAGAUGGAAGCCUGGAUACAAGCGAGGAUGAAGAGGUCUAUUCAGAACUCCUGACAGACGGACACGAACGCAUGGCACAGGAGGAUUCCUGCAGCUCGGAUGAUUAUGUAGGAUCAAGCAUGUUCAGCUCCAAAAUAGAGGCGGAGAAACCUUUUGAUAGACCUUCAAUGGAUCAUGUGGAACAAACCCCUUCUUCCUCUUUUCAUCCUCCUCCUCCUCGUCGAUCUGUAGGGGGUUAUUCUCGCUUUGCCCAAAUCCCAAGUUUUCAAGCCUCUGCGAUCCCUCCACCUUUUGCGCUAACCUCAAAUCAAGCCUCUUUGAUCCUUCGGUCUCAACAAAAACUCAUUGCCCAAACCCCAAUUAAAGCCUCUCAGGUACUUCCACCUCCACCUUUUGCGCUAACCUCUCCGUUCAUUGGGUCUCUACCAUCUUCAUCUGCCCAAACCCAAAUUCAAGCGUCUCCGAUGCCUCCACCCCCACUUCCUAGUCGAUCUUAUAGGGUUUGUUCUUCAUCUGCCUGGACCUCAAAUAAAGCCUCUUCGGUGCCUCCACCUCCGCCUCCACCUUUUGCCCUACACUCAAUUCAAGCCUCUCCAACUGGGUCUCUACCAUCUCCAUUUGCCCAAACCCCAAUUCAAGCCUCUCCGAUGCCUCCACCCCCACCUCCUUGUCGAUCUCAUGGGGUUUAUUCUUCAUUUGCCCUAACCUCAAUUCAAGCCUCUCCGAUGCCUCCACCUCCGCCUCCACCUUUUGCCCUAACCUCAAUUCAAGCCUCUCCAGUGCCUCUGCCUCCGCCUCCGCCUCCACCUUUUGCCCUACACUCAAGUCAAGCCUCUCAGAUCUGUGGGUCUCUACCAUCUCCAUUUGCCCAAACCCCAAUUCAAGCCUCUCCGGUGCCUCAGCCUCCACCUCCACCUUUUAUGGCUUGUGAGACCUCCCUAACUGCUUAUCCUAAGAGCAAAGUUUUUUAUGGAAGGAUGGAUAGAAAACUUGCGGGUAGAAUAGUUAGCAAUAGUUACACGCCUCGUGAUCAAUCUUUGACUGAAAGAUCUUUGUCCAGGACCAACAGCAGCAUUUCCCCUCUCAUUGCCCGCAAGUGUAGCUCAUGGGAUCAUUUGGCCAUGUCUUCUGAAGAAGCAGGACCACCUCUGAAAAAGAAAGGAUUUCCAUCUUUAAUCCAAGCAUUGCAGCAGCCGGACGAAGAAUGUGGCCGAGCCCUCUCUGGUCUCAUAAGCCUUUCUGGUUUGAAGGAUGCCCGCGCCCACAUCAUGUGCAGUUCUGCUUUAAUGGAUGUCCGCAAAUCAUUGGAGCGAGGGGGACCUGCCCCGCUUGAUUUAUCGGAUAACAGGCCGUUUGGUUCAUCUCGCCGCUUAGUUGGAGGUGAUGGAGAUAGGAGACACAAGAGGGAAGUUUCCAACAGGGUUCAGCAGGUUCAGCAUCUUGCCCUAGGACACUUCGGCAUGCAGAUGGGUGAGACCUGGGAUCAAACUGCUGACCUUCAGCUUGGAAGACGACCACUCUACCACCCAGCCACAGCCGCCCAUCAAAUGAUGCUCAAAUGGGAAAAGAUCUUCCAGAUGCAACAUUCGGAGGGCUACUGGGAGUUGACCACAGAACUGGGUGCAUACCUAAAUGUAAACGUUGACUCCUUUGUCAACGUGUUCCUGAAAAACAAAGGCAUCUGCUCUCUGGGUGUGAGGGCCCAUGCAGAAAUCCUGAGGCUGGUGGCAACUCUUCUGGUUCUGCAGAUGAUGAGGGAGGAGAAACUGGAGGAGGGCAAACUGCUCCGCACCCUCUUCUGUCUGGAUGACUCCGCUCAGCCCAGGCCACAGCAUUGGGGCAAGGUGAAGAAGGCAGUGGAGUGGGUUCGCUGGGCUGACAAACAGUAUCCAUGCAUCUACAGCCGCCUGGAGUUUGGUUGGAGCUGGGAGUCGUCCACCCGUCAGCUGCUGGGCUAUGAAGGGCUGCCCCCCUUCUCACCACUCAAUGGUUUUGUCGGAGUCAGGAAGCUGGUUCAUUACGGAUGAGUUCUGUGUAUUUCACAGAGACACCCACCCCCUCCAGUCACUAGAUAUAAGGGUUUUAACGGGUGGGAAAUCGUAAAGGGCUGUAAAACAAAACCCAGACUUUUCUUUCUCCAACUUUAUAAUCUCAUUAAUGUGCUCCUCAUGUAAGGUUCGUAAGGUGUGGCUCAUCAAAAUGACCUGAUUUAGUUUCAAUAUAAGAUUUUAUUAUUUUUGGUCAUUAUUAUUGACAGGACGGGAUUUAGCUUCAUGAUGGACUCAAGUUUCCUGAGGAGAAAUUAAAGUCAGACUAAAAAUGAGCAAAAUAACCUAAAGGCAUUUUGUCUGUGCUUCGGCUUUUGAAAAUGUCAAAUAUAAACAUCACAAUCUCUUCUAACUUUUUUCUCACCUUCACUUCAGUAAUGAAUUUACAUUAAUUCACAUCAGUAUCCACAAAAACCGUGUGCUACUAUGAACCUACUCUAGACUGAUUUUAAGUUCUGAUUUGUCUGUUUUCCAUAUGCAGAAAUACAUAAUGUGGGAUCCCAGAAUUGUUCUUUUCAGUUCUACAAUCUGCAAAUUCCAUUUGCUUGAAAUAUCCAUGAUUUGCAAAACGUAAAUCUGAGUCUGUCUGAAAAUUCACUGUUCUCUCACUUCAUCGGGUUCUCUCCUCAGCUAAAUAAAGUUGUGUAAACUCUUCAGUAUUUACAGCCUUAAA